ACUUUUGGUUUGCUGUGGAGCUGCUGCAGGGAGGAGGACAGAGAGCUCUUCACUCAGACAAGAGGAGAGGAGAACUCAUUAUUUUCAAUGGAAUGACGACUAGUUUCUGUCCUGAGUCAGUGUGGUUGGUGUGCCUUUGAAGCUAUUGAGAUCAAUCACUUCCAUUUGUAUUGUGAUACAUCAGUUUCUUCAUGUUUUAUGGGUGGGAGGUGAGCAAACGAGGAGGAAGGGUCAGAAAGAAUUAGUUUUUGACAUCUGGACAGAACGUGAGCCGUGGAGAGAAGAUUGAGUUGCCAUGGCUGAUAAUGUUAUUGAAGAGAGCGGUAAUUACCCUGGAAAGGAUGAGCUGGACUGGGGAUAUGAAGAAGGUGUUGAAUGGGGUCUUCUGUUUCCUGAGGCCAAUGGAGAGUACCAGUCCCCUAUAAACCUCAACUCACGCGAGGCUCGCUAUGACCCGCAGCUGCUGGACGUGGGGCUCAACCCAAACUAUGUGGUCUGCCGCGACUGUGAAGUCAUUAAUGAUGGUCACACUGUGAGGAUCAUGCUGAAAUCCAAAUCUGUUGUUACUGGAGGUCCUCUCCCCAGUGACCAUGAGUAUGAGCUGAGCGAGGUGCGCUUUCACUGGGGCAAAGAAAACCAGAGAGGAUCUGAACACACUGUCAACUUCAAGGCUUUUCCAAUGGAGCUUCAUCUAAUACACUGGAACUCUACAUUAUUCAACAGCGUGGAGGAGGCCAUGGGCAAGAAAAGAGGCAUUCUCAUCAUCGCCCUGUUUGUGCAGGUUGGGAAGGAACAUCUUGGUCUGAAGGCCAUCACAGACGUCCUGCAGGACCUGCAGUAUAAGGGGAAGACUAAAAUAAUUCCAUGUUUUAAUCCCAACACAUUACUCCCUGAUCCUCUAUUAAGAGAUUACUGGGUGUAUGAGGGCUCUUUAACCACCCCGCCCUGUAGUGAGAACGUCACCUGGAUUCUGUACCGUUACCCUUUGACCAUCUCUCAGAUGCAGAUUGAAGAGUUUCGUCGCCUUAGGUCCCAUGUUAAAGGAGCAGAGCUUCCAGAAGGCAAUGAUGGGAUGCUGGGGGACAACUUUAGACCGACCCAACCACUGAGUGACAGGGUGGUCAGGGCAGCCUUCCAGUAACACCCCCGCAGCGGGACCAUUUUAAUCUGCCAUGGCUAUUAGACAUGACAAAGAAAUCAAGAUAAAGGCUGAACAACAUCCUGGCUAUGUGAAAGUUCAUCACUUCCUGUAGAGCUGGGCAUCCUUUUCUAUUUCAGUGUCCUGAGUGCGGCCCGAUGUGUGCAGAAGCUACAGUGAGCAUGAAGAAACACUCUGUAAUACGUUUGUAUGAAGAAGGACUAACGCUUGAAGAAUAUUCAGCAGUUAUGAAUUUUAACAAUAUGUAGCACGUGUGUAAUCCUAUAAAUGCUGCUUUAUAGGAAUCUCAUACAAUAUUCAUAACUGAUGUGUGAUGUAGACAUUACUGACAAACUUAAUAUUACAUGAGCAGAUACCAUUUAUUGAUGUUUUCAUGUCUGUGCAUUGAUUGCGUUCAAAUGUUAUAAUUGAAAUUAAUUAUUGUUGUUUAAUUUACUGAUUGACUAAAGCUCCAAACAUUGUUUUGAUGAGUUUCUUUUCUUUACCUGUGCUAUGAUGAACAGAGUAUGAAGGACCAUGUAUGUAGUAGACUCUGUUAGUGUUAGCUUUAGAUCUGUGUUGAUGGUCUGUACUUGUUAUUAUGCUCACAUCUGCAUAUUUAAGAAGGUGGCAUACAGCAUUUCAACUGGUCUUUUGCUCUGUCAUUAUCUUGCUUUACGCAACUUUUUAGCAAGGUUACCCAUUUGUAGAGCUGCAAAAAGGAAACAUGAUUCACUGAGAGAUAUGUGUGUCUGUAUGUCAUUUUUUAAAAAACAUGACGAGCCACAGAUUGUGCAGUUCUCAUGGGAAACCACGUUCAGAUAAAAAGAACUGCUGUUGCGUACCUUGAAAUCCCCUUUGCAUGAUAAUGAUUGACAUCUAAGAGCAAGGAUCUGCAGCCUGGCAUUUAUAACAGAAAUCACAGCGUCAUUGCUCACUGGGAUUUCCACUGUACAUUUUGUGCAGCAGUACUUACGUUGUCAUGUGCUUAGGCUUGUGUUUUAAAUAAAGUUAAAGAUUUUAAGGCAUUUUAUGUUA